ACGCUUUGUUUAGAAUUGCCCCACAAAAGCUGAAGCACGUCGCAGUUCGGCAAAGAUAGCCCUAAUGAAUUCAGUUUUCAAUGAGCAUCCAUCGAGACGCAUUACCGAUGAAUUCAUAGAAAAGGCAGUGCAAGAUGCAAGAGCCUCUUUUAAAGGAAACCUGAAAGAAGGGGACGGUCCAAAUACCGGAAUUGGGGCCUUCAGGUUUAUGUUGGAAGCGUACCAUGGCGUACCAUGUUGGAAUUUCAAGAAUUAAUGAUCGUUUUUCAACUCCAUAUAUAUAUACUCUGUAAAAGUGUAUGGGCAAGACU